AUGAGAAGCAAGAAGGGGGCCAAUGUGGCUGGAACAGUAGAAGCAGGUAUAACAAUUCAUGCAUUGGUAAAGAAGCAGCAAUAUGAUCGUUCUAUGAGCGGGGCACGCCGGGCUGUGGUUCGCGGGGUCUGCGGCUGCGCAGAAGCCCUGCGAGCGGAGGGGGCGGAGGCGGCAGAGCGCAGAGAGCACGCCUGGGUCUCCUGCUCCGCCCGCGGAGCUUCUCGUGGAAGGCUCUGGACGUGUGGGAGCAGCGGAGCUGUCCUCGACGCCGUGCUGAUCAGUGUGGUUUUUCCUCACACGAGCCGAGAUCAGAUCUUUACCUCAGGGCUUUGGCGGUUGAGAAAGGAUCCUCCCCAGCCUUUUCUUCCUUUGGGAAUCGUGUGGAAAAGUUAUGAAGUUGCAACUGCCCUAGAAAAUCGAAGCCAUAAGGUUCGGUAUUCAGAUUCAGUGGAAAAUGGAUCAAUUAUAUUUUCUCUUUCUGGAGUUGCAUUUUUAUUGAUGGAUGCUAAGAAAUGCUUUAUGUCUGCUGAAGAAACAUUUCUAGCCAAAAUUGAGAAGUUUAUUAACAUUCACCGAAAUAGUUUUUUGGUUCUGUCUGCUGCCCUGCAUGGGCCUGAGGAAUGGAAACUGAUGUUCAGGAUUCAGCAGAGAUUCCUGGGUAGUAACCUACGGAUACUUCCAGUACACAACACAAUAAAUGCUAUUAAUCUUAUGUGCACCAUAGCUAAGAUCACCUCCAAACCACACACAGAUAGCAUCUGCUACAGAAUGAUAACAACUAAAGCUUACAUCAUUGAGCAAAGUCCAGUUUGGAAAACACUUCAAAAGAUAAAACUGAGUAGUGAUACAUUUAACCCAAAUUAG